AUGGAAGACCCUCCACACAAGCGCAAGAGAAGCGUUUCUGAUGAUGAGGGUUACGAGCCCUCGUUGAUAGGAUCUUCCGACCUCCCUGGAAGAGCUCCACCAGAAGUUCCUUCAGAGGGGUAUCAGCGGUCAGAGUCUUGGGCCAAGAGGCCUAGACGAGCCUUAUUACCAAGGGAGGUGGAGUUGGCCAAGAAUGUAUGCGCCGAGAUCGGAAAGAUUGGCGAAUAUCCUCAACAGUUGUCGCUCGACUUGGAGAACGUGUCGGGUUCCAUUGCGCAAGAGAUCGACUCCGAUGACUACUUGCGCAACUCCCUGCUCGAAUUCCUAGUGGCAUUGACCGUUGAACAGCCCCAAAAGGUGUUCAUUGUUGGUGCGCUCGUCCAGCUGACAAAUUUCAAAAACCCCAAAGCCGGUCAGUAUGUCUUGGAGUACCUGCAUUCAAAGGCACAGAACCUAUUUGAACAGAUUAAAGUUGCUAGCGACGACGUGUUGGAGUCUAGCGAAUGCGGUGUGAUUACUAGACUCAAGCUUAUUCUACGUCUGCUUGCUGUACUGAGCCCGAUGAUGGUCUCUGGCGAUCCAAUCACGAGGACCUACGAGCACUUGAUGGAGCUGGCCGUCGAGCUACAGGACAACUCCGUCCAGCGAGUCGCAGUGGCUCAGCUGCUGUAUUUCAACGUGCUAGUAUCUGUGCCGUAUUACUUAGCGGUGCAGAAAGAUGAGAGCUUUUCGGAUCGUGUUCUCGCUAUUGCACGCAAGUUCAAGCUUGCGGAUGUGUCUGAAGAGAGCCGGGCUAACUAUAGACACUUCAAGUCUCCUAACAGACCGUACGAAGCUAAGGAGCUCGUGAAAUUGAUUUUACCUGCACUGGAAGCCGUCGACAAAGAGCUUCCGUUCUUUGUUGACUUACAGCAAAUAAUCAGGUCGCACGAGCCUGAGGAUGUUGAGAAACACCUGUUCCAACAGUUCAACAUUCCGUCGAGUGAGCACUGGGCUUCGUACAAUCUACGGGGAAAUAUUGAUUCUCUUUGGAAGUAUCCGCGCUAUGUCUUGGAAUGCUUCUUGCCUUCUGUCACUGGUUUCGAUACGGUUCCUCCAGUCGACUCCUACCUCUCUAUAAUUCUAAGAGACGUGACUCAGGACAUUGUUCAGAACAUGGAGUUCAACCGUGUUACUGUUUCCAGACAAAUGUUGUCAUUGAAUGUGUUUUUCAACGAGAAACUGUUCUCUAAACCUAACUCUUCCAUCGACAAGCUCACGAUCCUCAACAACCUCAACUCGGGCGUGGAUUUGAUUAGCAGCUUGGAGAACAAUGAGGAGCUCGAUCCACAAGUCAAAGAGUCCAUGAUUCAGUCUGCAACGUAUGUCCAGCAGGAAUUUGACCAGGGCUACACCUCGACGUGGAAGAUGGAGCAGGUGGUCACCGAAGCCGUGCUGGACCUUAUGUUCCAUCUUCCAAAUGCGCCUUCCCCCUCUGUGUACUAUCAGAUGCUUUUGGCGGACACGUGCGGAAGAGAUUGGGCAAACGUGAGACGGGCACCGGAGUCGGAAGACAAGGUCACUUUUGCCAAAGUUCUGGGCACUGCCAUUCGCUUCUUCUACUCCAACUUCAAAUAUCUGGAUUUUGAGCUUCGCGAGAGAUUUGUCCUCUGGAUGACCGCCCAGCUCAGCAAUUUUGGAUUCGACUGGCAAUGGACGGAAUGGAUUGACGAUCUCAAUACCUUAGACAAGUUAUUCUACCAUCCAGCCAUUUAUCUUUUCAGGAACAUUAUCGGUAGAGAGAUACGACUUAGCACUCCUCAAACGAUUAAGGCUACCUUGCCCCCAGAAUUCCACCGCUUUCUGCGGCUCUCACUCUGGGAUAAGAGACAGGUGAUUAACUUUGACAGCAAACUGUUCGGAUCAAAGCUCGCAGAGUCUGCUUACGAGACGAACUUCGCGGCAGAGGAAAAUAUAGAGGCGAUCCCUGAGGAUGCCGGAAAUGCCGAAAUCUACCAUAUUGUGGACCAGUAUCUGUUCAACAGCGAGGACCACCCGUACCACGAGGUUUGUCACAGUAUUUACACCAACAUUCAAGAAGGAGAGUCGCUGCAACAGUUCAACGAUUUGAUUGUGCUCCUAAAGGAACAAAUAGCCAGGGAAUCUGCCGAACAUCCGGGAGCCGAAGAGUAUCUUAUCGGAAACAUUGACUGCUACAUUGUGACACUGGUGAUCCAGUCCACAUGUAUCAUAGGUUCGCGUUCGCUAUCCGUGGUCGAAAGUGGUGCUCUGGAGCUUUGUGGGGCGAAGCUACGCAAGGUGCUUGGGCUUCCCGCGGCAGAGGGAGAACAUGAAGACGUGGAGAACGACCAGUUCCCGCUGUUGAAGGCAGAAGAAGUAGUUGAACGUCAAAAAUGGUUGAUUGACGGCGUGCUUCGCCUGUGGAAUAACGAGCCAAGAAUUGGCUAUCUGAUUUUGGAAAGAAUCAAGAAUAAGGGAUUUAUUUCUAGUACGCAGCUGGUGGACUCGUUCUUUGCUAACAAUGAGAGCUUGACUAUGAUCAGCCAGGUUUAUGCUAGUGAGCUUUUCGACCGCAUGGUGACGAGUUCUGGGUCAGAGGCCGAGUCAAAAGAUUUGCUACAGACCUUUUACAGCAAGAUCAUCGAGCAUAUCGAACUUCUGAUUGAGAAGCUGGGCGACGACCGCGAGGAAAUGAUCUUAGGCACCGUCGAGACAGAGGAAAGCGCAGACCAAGACACAGAGUUACGCUGGGGUCUACACGGGUGCUUUGAAAUCAUGCGCUCAAAAGCACGCAAAUUCGCCAGCCUAACUGAUUUCGAGCUGCUUGGCGAAAAGAUCGAAGGCGGAGUGCGUUCUGAGGUGGCUCGAAAAUAUGUUGCAGCAAUUGUCGACGGCAUCCGCACAUCGGCCAAUUAG